ACGCCUAAGCACAAUCUUGCAACUUUGACAUGUGUUAGUAAAACCGUACAUAUCAUCACAACUACUUUGUACAUCCUGGUGGAUUAUACCUUGUUUUUUUCACGACAAAUUGGGCUUUCAUUUGGUGGUAAAUGGGCUCUCAGGGACACCCCCGGCCUUUGUGCUGCACAAAACAGGUACGCAAAUAUGCGGUCCCACAUAAAAAAAGCACAGUUCUGUGAGGCCGCAUAUUUGUGUUACGUCGGCGUCAAGGGGUUAAGUGUAGGUAUUGUGUUAGCCCCCUAGAUGGCAGGAUUCAUCCUGCUUGUUGA